AUGACUGAUAAUCCCUGGACAGAAAAAUUAACAGCCACCCUCUGUCCAAAAGGCUACAUUCGGUUUAAAGUUGUUCGGCUUUCGGGAAUGUUGGAGUUGGCCUUUUGUCGUCGUCAGCUCUUUUCCAGUAUAAAUGGUAUUGAAUCAGAACGAACAAAGACCGGCCUUGGAGGAUGGUGGGGCAACAAAGGUGGAAUUUGUAUUCGGUUUGACUUGAAUGGCAUCAACAUUUGCAUUAUAAAUUCACAUUUGGCAGCACAUCGAGACCAAACACCUGAACGAAUUAUUGAUCAUAAUAGUAUUCUUGAAGACCAAAAAUUUCGCGAUGACGAUGUUGACAAUAUUCUUGACCAUGACUAUGUCUUAUGGAUGGGUGAUUUGAACUUCCGAAUUGAUGAACUCCAACGAGAAGAUGUAUUAACGCGGAUAGAGAAGAAAGAAUAUGAUUACCUCCUCCAAUAUGAUCAGCUAAAUAACACAAGGCGCCAAGGAUUGGCUUUUGUUGAUUUCCAAGAAGGGCCAAUCACUUUUCCUCCCACAUAUAAAUUUGAUGUUGACACAAAUGUCUAUGAUACCAGUGAAAAACAGCGUAUCCCAGCUUGGUGCGACCGAAUAUUAUGGCUUGUACAUGAUGACAGUUUUGAUGGUGUCCCUCUUGAAGUGAAACAGCUUCACUAUCGCCAUCAUCCAGAAUAUAAGAUUAGCGACCAUCGCCCUGUCACAUCCCUGUUCGAGGUGAAGAUGCUGUCUGUACCACCCAAUCCGCUUCCCGUCACAUUUCAUAACCAAGGCCAAUGGACAAUUCGAAGAGAUGCAGUUGUUAAAUACAGUGUGGCUGUGUAUGAAGCUUCUUCGUGGGACUGGAUUGGAUUGUAUAAGGCUAACUUCACAGAUGUCCAGGAUUAUGUAAGUUGGGUGUAUGCAGUUCCAGAUGCCCAGAAACUGAAAAAACCUGCUCAAGUGAGAUUUACCAACCUGGACGAUCUCAAAUCAAGCAUUGAACGCAAGCACUUGUUGCUCUACAUCAGUUCUUAUAAAAAUACGAUGCUUGGAAUGAGUAAUGAAUUCUUGGUGAGUAUUAUCAUUUCUUAA